AUGGCCAAAACUUUUACCGGAUUAAAGCUUCUAGGCCAGCUUGGACGCUUUGUAAAAACGGAAAUAUCAAAUGUUAUUGGAGUUUUCUCGAUGGCCGAUGAAAAAGUGAUAUCAGGCUGCGAAUGGGGUAAUAUUUUAGUGUGGGGAGAAAAAUUCAUCGAGAUCGAGGUGAAAAGGAAAUUUAGACAACCAUGUCAUUCGGCGCCUAUCAUCAUGUUUUUAUACUCCAAACUCGAUGUGCUGUUGACAAGUAUCAGCAUGGACGGGAGGAUUAAAUUUUGGAACUACCGUACAAUAGACAUGGCCGAUCCAUCUGAAAACAAUCGUGUAUUGGAAAUAGAACCAACUUAUGAGAUUAGUGUUCAGGACUCUAUCGGUGAAUCUAAAAUCAUGGGUAUGUCCAAGAUCGACAGCAACCCCAAAUUAUACGACUAUUUUAUUCAGGACGGCAACGGGGGUAUGUGGCUUGUUGACAUCGAAGUGUCAAAGAAUGCGAAGCCUUUAAGACGAUUGGCUAAGUUCCACGGUGGUAUGAUUACCUCUUUGCAACCAUCACCCAUCGGUUAUUUCAUUGCUACAACGUCAAUGGAUGGUUGGCUCCACAUAUACGAUGUAAUCAAUAAAAAGUUGAUAUUUACCCACAAUUUCAAAGUACCAAUCACUUCGUCGAUUUGGUUACCACAAAAGAUAGCUUGUUCGAGAAAUAUCUUCAUAGUUGGAUUUCAAACUGGAAUUUUGAAAAUAGUUACCAUACCACUUAAAAAUAAUAUCGAAAAAAGAAUAUUAAAUUAUUCUGAAAUAGAAGAAAUACAAUCCUCAAAGCCUCAUAAAAGUUCUAUCAAUUAUUUAUCUUUAAACAAUAGUGCGAAAAUUCUUUUAUGUGGAGGUGAGGAUAAAACAGUAUUUGCUUAUAAAAUAAAAGUUGGACCUAUAAAAUUGAGUCCUAUUGGUUUUUUUUCAUUACCCGGUAAAGUCACUUUUGUUCAUUGGAAACCAUCAAAAAAAGAUAUUGUAUUAAUAAGUUGCGCUAGUGGACAUAUUGUAGAAGUGAAAGUUCCUACAAGUCGUCCGUCGUAUACCAUAGAAUCGUUUUUAUUGAAACUUGAAUUGCGUGAAAUACAAACAGUCAGCAUUAAAGAACAAAACCCUGGUGUAGAAAUUGACGAAGAUUUAUAUUUUGAAGAUUCUGAAGAAGAUGAAACACCGCCGAAAACCUAUAUUCCUCCAAUACCGAACUCCAUAUUGUUUGCCAUAUACACUCCAUCAGAGAGCGGUAUAUGGGUAUCGAUUGAUGGAUACGACGCUGGCUUUUUAUACGAAUACGAUCUUGAAACAUCUAAUCCAGUAGCUAAUGCACAUAUAACAAUACCAGAUAAAAAUAAUACUCCACUGACAGCAAUUAAAGUUGUUGGAACUGAUCCAAUAAAAAUUUUUAUGGGAUUUGCUGAUGGCAGAAUACGUCUUACAAAUGUUAAAGACAAUGAUAUAUCAGAUUUUGGAGACUAUAUUGAAUAUUCUGUUCACGAUAACAAAACAGGAAGAUUGUUUACCAUAUUAGAAGCCAUCACACAAACAACUAAUGAAACUGAUCAAGUUAUUGGACUUCCGUUGGCGGAUGCACUUUUUGAGCCAAAUAAAGAGACCAACAUCGAGUUCAUGUUACGGCGAAGUGAAUUUGGGAUAAAAAAUAAGAAAGAAUCUUAA